AUUCGGCGAAGAAGAAAACCAAAACACGUCUUUCCGUUGUAAACAGCUAGCGUUAGCUGUUAGCCGGUGUUACGAUGAAAUAUGUCUGUUUUUCUUUGUUUAGCCUCCUGGGUUAGCAGUUCUUGCGAGUAAAACAUCACGCAAGUAUUCAGAGAAGCGUCUCUUGUUGUGAACCGGGGAAUCUCAGGGUUUGACCGGAUGUCUGACCGGCGGGUUCUGGUGGAUUGUACCGUGGUGUCCCUGCAAGAUUCCUGUGUGUUUUACCCGUUCUGUAAAAGCUGCUUUUCACGGAUCGAUGCGGAACAGCCGGAGACUACAAGGUAUCGAUGCUCCAGGUGCGGCUACAGGUGUCUGGGGGACCAGGUGGAAUACAGAUACCGUCUGUCACUUUGGGUGGCUCGGGACAUGGCCAUAUUUGGUGUAACUGUGUUUGGAAACAGUUUGAAUGCUUUUUUUGGCAUUCAUGCAACUGGAUUGCAGAAGUUUGUGGACAGUUUGGAGGGUCCUGUAGUGGCAUCGACAAGAUCCAGAUUGUUGGCGACGGCGGUCAGGGACUGUUUCAUUGGCAGACAUUUCAUCUUUGGCAUAAAGCUGACCAGGGCAGAAAAUGGCCUUUGGUUUGGAGAUCCUGGUUCAAAUGGCUCCAGAAGUGGGGAGUCGACUCAGUUUGUUGCCAGUCAGAUGAUUCUUCCCAAAGCAAUGGGCUCGACUGGCUGCACCGUGCUCAGUUAUUACCAGAUUCUCCUUCAGAAGGCUUCAGAAGACGGAUCAGCUGAUCCAGCUUCACUUCUGCUGCUGAAUCCGUCUCCAAGAUGCAACACCACUCUGCAGGCAUCUGGUCUCUCCCAGUCACUAAACGGAUCACAACACCCUCAUAGCUCACUUGCUCCCACUUCUCCAUGGCAACAGUCUCUUGGAGUCAUUACGUCGUCCGCUGAGCAGGAAGAGGACAGCAAAGAGGACAGGACAGCGCCACGUCCAGAGCAGGAGGGUCAUCUGGAAAAGCUAAAAGGAACAGAAGAGAUCACACCUCUUCUCCUUUUGGAGCACAGUUUCUACAAUAAUCCGUCAUUUCCCGACUAUCCAAACUCAUCUUUUGGAAAAGUUGCGGGAAACGAUCUCAGUGACCACAAAAGUUGCAGCCUCACACCAAAGGAGUGCUCUAGCAGACAUCACACCGGGUCGUUCCUGUCGGGCUCGUUAGAGUGGGAGGAUCUGCCUUUCUCUGAGAGCCUUUCAAAAUUUUUACACGAGCAAACCAAAGAUUUUGAGAACCUGGAGGAAAAGAGGCCAAAUUUAAACCUGCUGAGUGAAAAACGCACAUCGAGAAGCUGCCUGGAUAUCACAAAUCUAGCAGCUGUAUCAGCAUCUGCUUGCCAAAGAAACACAGAGAAAACAGCCAGUCGUUCAUCAGUUUUAUUAGAUAUCAGUAAUACACCUGCGGCAGGUGGGGACAGUCAAGAUUUAGCAGCUCGAGAACACGAGAGACCCGAAAACAAACGUCUUUGUUCUCAUGGCUGUAAUCAGGAGGAUGACAAAGCUUUUCUGUCUUUUGUUAAAGAAGAUGAGCAGCUUGAAGAGGAAAGCUACAACUGUUCAGCGGACUUAUUCGGUAACUCGCUGAUGGACGACAGAGAGACGCACGCAGAAUCUCCCAGGGCAACGUCGCCGCUGAACCUCACGCCGUUAACGCCACUCAAACUGAAACAAAAAGGCAACAGCAGGCACAGUUUGGUUCUGCAGGAGUUAGACUUUGUUCCUCCUUCUCAGUCCACUCCCAUCGUGAAACUAAGUGCUGCGACACGAUCGCCCGUCGCCUCCUUCACAAACUUGACAAGUGAGUCUUCAAAGAACAAUUUAACACGAGGAAGAUUCAGCAGCCGCAGCAAGAAGGCUACUCCUGGGAGGAGGUUUGGAAUUUCAGAUGAUCGUAAAAAGUUGUGUCAGAAUUGGCGGGAGGAAAGGCUCCAAAGACGAGCUGGAAGCUCUGAGUCGGCUAGAGCAGUGAAUCACAAAUCUCGAGUAAAAGAUGAGACGGUUUGUAGUCAUGAGGACGAUGGGGAGAUGGUCGCUCCCACUCCAGUUGGUAAACAGCCGAGGUGUCAGGAAAUGGUAAAUGGGGGCAGCGAUUUGGACUCAACCUGGAAAAGAAUUGUGGAAGAUGGAGUCAGCUAUAAAACACGUUUCAUGGAUGAAACCCAGAAGUCGUCACACAGAAGUCAGAAAAAAACAAUAAAUGAUGAAAGUGGGACUGAUGACGAGGCGAGUCUGGAUGGAUCUAAUGUGGUCUGUGAUGGUGAAAACCAGACGUGUGAUUGGUCCAGAGAUCUGUUCUCUGACACCAGCUGAUUAUCUCAACUACAAAGAUUAGAUGCGUUUUGUCCUGGUAGCUCAUGUAGGUUUCAGCGUGAAGCUGUUCUGCUGGUUAUACUGGAGCAGCUUCCCUUGGUGCAAAAAACACAAAAGCAUUUCUGUCCUCUGUUACAGGCUAAUCAAGUAGACUCACCUUUUUGUCCAUGCUUUAUUUGAAAUUUGGAAGUUACUGUAAUCAGAUUACGUAUGACUAAGAACGACUGGAAGAGAAAUCCUGCUGUAGCCAAGUAAUAAAUGUGUAAAAGCAGCACCUUUUGUGGGAAACCUGAUGAAUUUACAGAGAUAUUUUUGUAAAUAUGUUUUUAAUUACAAAUGCUUUCUGGUAAAUGCUAAUAAAUGUAAAUACAAUUCUAUUUAUUAAAAUAUUUAAUUUGUAAAA